UGUAGACACUCCCCAGCUCGGGCCGUCCUGCUCGCCGAGCCAAGGGCGGUGGAUGGAUGAUUCCGUCAUGCUCAGUAAAGUAAAGCCGCACAUGCUGUACGUACAGUACAGUGCUUGUUAAGUUAGUGCAUCCAUACUCAACACCAACCAACCAACCGUCCAUCCCAUCCACUCUCACCAGCACGCGACAUCUACUUUCGCUGCUGAACGAAACAUCCUCCUCCUCACGAUAUUAUACGAGAUGCGCCGCUCGAACAUAUCUUCACGAAGCCCCUGAGACCACGUCCUACUACCUAAAUAAGCAUCUCCUCUAACGGUCGGCCCCACGCCCGCGGGGCAGCUUCUCACCAUGUUUGAAAAGUCGCUCUACGACCUCAUCCGGGGGCUACGGAACCACAAGGGCAAUGAGAAGGAGUAUAUCCAGAAGAGCCUCAAGGAGUGCCGCGCCGAAGUUCGCAGCCAGGAUAUGGAUCUUAAGGCGACGGCACUGCUGAAGCUCAUUUAUCUGGAAAUGGUCGGACAUGAUAUGUCGUGGGCGUCGUUCCAUGUCCUCGAGGUCAUGUCGUCGCCCAAGUACCACCAGAAGCGAGUUGGAUAUUUGGGAGCUGUUCAGAGCUUUAGACCCGAUACUGAGGUUCUGAUGCUGGCUACUAAUCUGCUGAAGAAGGAUCUUGGUUCAACGACUCCGACGGUUAUAUCUCUCCCUAUAGCAACUCUUCCCCAUGUCAUCACCCCCUCGUUAGCGCUCUCGACACUGCAGGACUUACUACCUCGAUUAAGCCAUAGCCAUUCGAACAUUCGAAAGAAGACAUUGGUGACGCUGUAUCGACUUGCUUUGGUAUACCCCGAAGCUCUCCGUGCGGCAUGGCCCAAGAUCAAGGAACGUCUGAUGGACCCUGAUGAGGAUCCCAGUGUAACAGCAGCUAUCGUCAAUGUUGUCUGCGAGCUUGGCUGGCGAAGACCGAAUGACUUUCUUCCUUUAGCUCCUCGACUCUUCGAGCUCUUGGUUGAUGGUGGUAAUAACUGGAUGGCCAUCAAACUCAUCAAACUCUUCGCCACGUUAACACCACUGGAGCCCCGACUCGUGAGAAAGCUGCUACCUCCUCUGACCAAUAUCAUUAGGACCACUCCCGCUAUGUCAUUGCUCUAUGAGUGCAUCAACGGAAUCAUUCAAGGCGGCAUCUUAGGAAACUCUGAUGAUUCUGGUACUGACGAGAUCGCAACGCUAUGUGUUAACAAAUUGCGAGGCAUGGUCAUGAUAGAUGGCGACCCUAACCUCAAAUAUGUUGCUUUACUGGCGUUCAACAAGAUCGUUACCACACACCCUUACUUAGUAUCUCAGCAAGAGGAUGUGAUUCUGGAGUGUAUCGACAGCCCCGAUAUCACUAUCCGAAUACAAGCACUUGACCUGGUCCAAGGCAUGGUGACUGGCGACAAUCUCGUGUCUAUCGUGAGCCGCCUCAUGAAGCAGCUCAAGUUAUCCAUGCCGGCUCGGGACAAAUCGCUGCCUGGCACUCCUCCAAAUGACCCCAACGAAUCCGAGGAUGAGUUUGCUGAGCCAGCCCCGAGGCCCAAGGCCGAAUCCGCUCCUUUGCCGGACGACUAUCGAAUCGACGUCAUUGGAAGGAUUCUGGGAAUGUGCUCCAAGGAUAACUACUCGAGUGUCUUGGACUUUGACUGGUACAUUGAUGUCCUCACGCAGCUUGUUCGUAUGGCUCCCGCCUCUCGCAAGGUCGAUGAUGAUUUGGGUCCUGUUGAAAAGGCCAGGGCCAAUGUGUCAGAAAAGAUUGGUGACGAGCUCCGCAAUGUGGCUGUCAAGGUCCGGGUGAUGCGAUCAACGGCUGUCAGGGCAGCAGAGAUCAUUCUCAGCCAGCUUAACACAGAUACACCGCCAGGAUACAGAAUUACUUCAGGCGCACUCAAGUCAGUUGCAUGGAUCAUGGGCGAAUACGCUUCGCAAUUAGCCGUCCCAGACGAGGGUCUGAAUGGCCUCUUACAGCUUAUUCCCCGAACAAACAACCCUGAAGUUUUAACGACAACCUUACAAGCCGUCACCAAAGUUUUCGCGACUAUAGUGGGAGAUGAAAGUGAGCCCUGGACAGCAGAGAGAAAGUCGAGGGUAUCGCUACUUAUGGCACGCAUUAUCCACGUCUUUGAGCCUCUGGCAUUACACCCUAGUCUUGAGGUUCAGGAACGAGCCGUUGAGUUUACAGAAUUGCUGAAGCUCACGGCUGAAGCUGCUUCAUCUCAGCCGGCGUCGACAGACGAUGUUGAGCAAGAUCCUCCAUUACUUCUUACUCAGGCUAUCCCCUCGCUUUUCAACGGCUGGGAACUCAACUCGGUAUCCAAGGGUGCUCAACUGAACGUCCCAGUACCUGUAGGCCUUGACUUGGAUGAACCCAUUCAUGCAAACUUGGCCAAGUUGUUAUCAGAAGCCGACUCCAUCACAUUAGCAACAGACGACUCGGAUGAGUUUGAGACAUACUACCACCAGAAGCCACCACCUACAAGCAUCGAUUCAUCUGCCCCAGCCAUCAGCAGGAUAGCUGAGCCUACAGAGGAAUACUCAACUUCUUAUCAGCAAGCUGACGAAGAUACAUAUCUGGAUGCCGAUAUCGUUGCUCGAAGAAAAGCCGAGCGUCUCGAACGCAACAGAGAUGAUCCCUUUUAUAUUCCCAGCAACGACACUCCUCGCACUUCAACUCCUAUUCAUAAUAUUCUCCAGAGCAGCAAUGGACCCGACCUGGAUAUAGACUCUAUCCCUAUCAUGCAACUGGAGCUAUCAAGAUCCGGAACGCCUGCUGCACAGCCCCCAAGACCACAGCCAAAGCCACGACAAAAAGUCGUUAUUGCAGCAGAUGAGACCCUCGAAGGCAGCGCUAGUGGCGGUCUUCGAUCUUAUGACUCGGAGAAUAACUCUGACAGCUUCACAAAGCCCAAGGUUCGCAAGCCCAAGACCAAGCAGACCCUGCUUGGCGUAGACUCGAGCGGCAUCGGCUCCUUCAGUCUUGAAGGCCAACCGUCAACUGGUUUCGACUAUGAGCAGCAACAGCGUGAGGACGUUGAGAUGCAGCAAGCCAUGAAAGAAGUCGAGCGUCUUCGCCUCGAGAUGCAACGCGCGAAUGAACGCAUUCAUGUUGCACAGGGCGUUGAUGUUGAGGGCACAGUUGUCAAGAAGAAAAAGAAGAAGCCCAAGAAGGAUGCUGGUACUGAAGGAGCAGAGGGCGAAGAAGUCAAGCCCAAGAAAAAGAAGAAGAAAACUCCGCGUGCUGCGGUCCUGGAGGAAGAAGGCGGUGAUGAUAGCAGUGCUCGUGGUGUCGAGUCUCCUGCUUCUGGUGGUGAAGUGGCUGUUGCUAAGAAGAAAAAGAAGAAGAAGCGUGUUGCUGAGAUUCAAGACGAGUAGAUGAUACAAGUUGUUUAGGAAUGAAUGAGCAUUCGAUAGCAUAACAGAGACACUCAGUCAGAAGGAGGAGGAUCAAACAGAUAAUAAUAAG